AUGAGUAGCAGAGACCCAUUCCUAUACCCACCAAGCCACAACCAACUCCGAAAGAAAAGUGUUUUUCCAGUUCCAUCAGUCUUGAUCCUUCGCAUUUACUAUCCACCAAUGUGUUCGUUAAGUUUGGUAAUCUUCAUAAACAAUUCGAUACUGUGUUUAACCCCGAGAUUGAAGGCUACAAUGGUGCUUCAGGCCCCUUCAAAGCCAAAGUAAACAUGGGUCCUGUCGAGCCACCACAAUGUAAAGGUCGCUUUACCCCAGUAUUCAUGUGAGAGACUUGUGGAGCUGCAACAAAAAUUCGACGAGCUAGAGGAGUUGGGAGUAUUUAAACGGCCAGAAGAUGUUGGUAUCGCUGUUGAGUACCUUAACCCUUCCUUCUUAGUAAAGAAAUCAAAUGGAGGGACACGCUUGGUGACUGCCUUUGCGGAAGUUGGCCAAUACAGCAAGCCACAGCCUUCUCUCAUGCCUGAUGUAUCUACAUUCCUAUCCACUAUUAGCAGGUACCAGGUUCUAGUUCAACACAUUGCUGGCGCAUCCAUUCUCCCAUCCGACUUUGCAAGUCGUAAUGCUCCCGAGUGUAGAGACAUGGCUUGUCAAGUAUGUAAUAUCAUAAACACUACACAAUCAUCAGUUAUUUGUCGCACAUCUGUGGCUGAAAUCCUAGCUGGUAAAACACACCUUCCCUUCACAAGUAGAGCUGUGUGGCUGUCUAUACAGAUCUACGCAGGACUCAUGCCCAUUUACGACAGGGGGACACGUCCUUCAAAGAAGAUUACAAACAUUAAAGACGUUAAGCGUUACUUUAAUGUCACCACUAUCGCAAGAGAUGGUCUCCUCGUCGUUAAGCGCAGUGAGCCACUUGUACCGACACGAGAAUGCACUGUCGUACCACGACAAGUCUCAGAUGGCCUCUUGACCGCACUCCAUAUUCAACUUAAUCACCCCUCUGCUAACCAACUAAAAAUGGUUACUCGUUGCUAUUUAUUCGCUCUGGAUAUGGACAAAGCUAUAGAGCAUAUUACAGAUGGAUGUCAUCACUGUGCUUCCCUGAUCAGAUGUCCACAUACUACAGUUGAGCAGUCUACCACAUCUUCCCCCGAGACAGUCAGAGUGUCAUUUGCUGCAGAUGUAAUUAAGCGCAACCGCCAACUAAUUUUGGUUCUCUGUGAAUGUAUUACAUCCUUUACCACAACGACAUUAAUUCAGGAUGAACAUCACCAAUCUCUAUGUGAUGCGUUAGUUCGUCUGUGUAUUGAAUUACGCCCUUUAGAUGGUCCCCCUGCCGUUAGUUAACGACCCACUUCUGCGUAGUCACCGCCUUUCCAUUGAAAUAAGUCGAGUGAAAAACAACAAUAAUAAUCCCGUGGCAGAAAGAGCUGUUCAAGAGCUGCAGAACGAGCUUCUUCGACAAGAUUCCUCAGAUGGGUAUGUGUCACCAUUAGCCCUUUCAACAGCUACUGCAAGCCUGAACUCCCGAAUACGAAGCCGUGGCCUGUCCGCCAGGGAAAUGUGGUAUCAACAAGAUCAGUUCUCUAACUCACAGCUGUCCGUUGACGACCGUCAGCUGAUAACAAGCCAGCACGAGACACGCGUCAAAAAUCAUCACUAUAGUGAAAAAUCUAAAGCUCCCCGUGGAAAAAUGUCACCGUCUCCCGAUUUACAUAUUGGCGAUCUUGUCUAUCUGUAUGCUGACCGUGACAAGUCAAGUGCAAGGGAUCGGUAUCUUAUCGUAUCUGUGGACGGACAAUGGUGCAAUAUCCAGAAAUUUCGUGGUUCACAGAUAUGCAACACUUUGUAUCGAGUAAAACGUAACAAGUGCUAUAAAGUGCCUCCUGCAGUACAAGCCAACCCUAAACGGUACCUCACAGAUAACCUGUCGAACGACGAAGAAGAACUGUACCUUCCUUCCUCAUCACCACCCCCUCGAAUGACCAUUCCACAGGAAAUAUCAACCCCUCCUCAGAAAACCUUAAUUCCACCGACUGCUCAGCCAGAAGCAGAACCAGAACUCUUGCUUGAAUUGAAGGAACAAGGAGUGCAUGAAUUGAGUGAACAAGGAACAAGCUGUCAGACGGAUGCUCCUGUUAUUCACCCACCACAAGAUGAAGAACGUGAUUACAACGAGCAGCUGUUACGAAGAUCAUCACGCAGCCAUCACCGUCCAGACCGUCUGAACGAUUAUGUCAUACCGUAAUUGAACCUCAUUUCUGCUUAGCUAUAUGUACAAAUGACGCAAGGAUACAUUUAUUAGUUGGACUUUAGUUUGCCUUUAUUUAGUUUAGUUAGCUUUAGUGUAGUUAUUAGAACAUAUAUUUACAUUUAUUCACUAUGAAGAGACGGAGAAAAUAGACAAUGAAAGAAAAGUAGUUACGCCAGUAUAUAUAUAUAUAUAGCUCAGUGACCCAUCUUGGGCUCUCUGUGCUCCUUGUAUUAUUGUCGGCCAUAUUGGUUUUUGCUCUCUCGUUAAGUUUUGUCUUAAAUAAAACCUUUUUUCUUUAACCUGUCUGAUGUUGGGUCGAGUUGUCUUUCAUUAUUGGCGCUGUGCAGGUACUGUAGAAAUACUGAAUUAUGCUGAGUUAAUUAUAGUCAUUUCAAUAGUGGCAUAAUUAUUACAUUUUUAAAAUUCCAGGAAUGUGUACAUAAUGGUCUUUGGGAGGAUUAAGGGAUGAUUGUGUCUGCAAAUUUAUGCUUCUACAACAAAACCAAAAAGUGAAAAAUACAAUAUGCUUCAUGUUAUAUUUGGUCAAUUGAUAGGUCUUUUUUGACCAUCUAAGCAAUCAUUUGUUCAAAUGUUUCCUGACACAACAGCCUGUUGACCCUGCAGAGGGUCUUCAGUGAUGAUCCACCCUGCUUUAGAUGCUGGCCACACCCAUCAUCUUGUCCAGCACCUGCUUGGCUGUAUAUUGUGUAUAUCCCAACAUUGUGAGAUUCGACCAAUGCUUACUUGGUAUGGACACAUGAAUAUGUUUGAAUGUUAAUGGUAUUUUGUAUUUGUUAUUACAGAGAAAUCAGGCAGGAAGCAGUCCUGCAAUGCAGUUCCUAUCAUUUAAGUCCUGUAUGGAAUAUUUCAAAAAGCAAGGGUUGACCAUAACCACAUUUAUCUCAGAUAGACAUGCAAUUGCCAAACAUAUGAGAACUGUGUUGAAAAAUAUUACACAUUAUUUCGAUAUCUGGCACUUAAAGAAAAAUAAGUACAAUUUCAUUUUGAUAUGUAUUUGUAUAGACUUCCAUGCUUCGAUGUAAUAGGAGGUGCUGAACUACAUUGAGGGAGUCCUUAUAUAUCUCUGCUAUGCAGGAUUGUCAGUUGCCAAGAUGCCAUUCAUAAUAAUAGGCAAGGUAUUGCAUAGUCAGGAUGGGAAAUGCUCACAUAAACUUUCUAUCUUGGCUAGGCAGGGUGAAUUUGCACAUGCUGUGCAUGUGCAAAACUUUUAGUUUUCUCCCAAGUGAUAUAGCUCAAUCAUUUUUGUGACAAGUUCAUGAUCAAUAUUUUCAGAAAUAUGGAACGUGCUUUCAAAGCUAAGGAAAAAGACUGCGAAUCGUUGAACAAAUAGGUCAAACCAUGAGAGAAUCACCUGCACUGGAGUGCAACAUCAACAUUUAGUGCCAAUUGGACUGGUGAUAUGGGCAAAUUUCAAAUCAUUUUUGGGACACAUUGUUAAUACACAUUCUGAUCACAAUGAUCCACUGUUGAACAAGUGUGGCCAUGGCAGUGAGAUUCCAGCUAGAAAGUGGCUCACAAAAGGUAUAUAACGUACAAAUUAUUUACAAGUAUCAGUUCAGUAUUAAUUGCAUGUUACAAAACCAACUAGCCAAGCCCAGAUCCCGUUUGAGCACAUCAUUCUGCAUUAGACUUACAAUAGGGAUGCUCAUGUUAUGAUCAUUUUACAUUAAGAUUCACAACUUUACGAUAAAGUCUGUGCUGCAUUGACAAAUCCCAGGCUGGUGAAAGGAAUCAAGCAGGCUUCUCCAUUGGAACAAACAAGUUGUCUGGAGGGUUCCAUAGCAUGCUAAAUCAAUUUGGCCCCAAAAUGAUUGCAUACCUGUACAUUGGACAAUACUGCGGGUUUGUGACUUUGAUGAUAAAAUCAUCUAGUUUUAGUGAAUAAUGUACUGUAAGAGCGAAGAGAUGCUUAGACAUUGACCGGUAAUGGGUUAGUUUGGUCAUAGUGACUUUAUUUAGGAUUUCACCCUACACACCUUAGACCUAAGAUACUCGUACUGUAUUUAUAUACAUUGUUUUUCAGGCAUAUUCUUGCUGUCAUGCAUGUUAGUGCAAAUCUUCAUCGUGCCACAGAGAUAAAAAAAGCUGACAACGCGGAACAAAUAAAGGUUACUUAUCCCAAGUUUAACAACAAUUAGGAAUGUUAAAAUUUCACAAAACGUUUGUAAGUACCACCUGCAGCAUGUAUAUAGAUUACAGGUGCAUUUAGUAUUUUCAUCUGUAAAUAGUAAUUUUUCAAAUGUUUAUUAUAUGUAAAUUAUUUUGAUUUGUUACAUCUUGUUAUCUUUGCAGCAUAUGUACAGGACUUAUUCGAGACAUACACUGGGUCAAGCAAAAAAGCACUAAAAGAUGCUGCUUUGAGGCUCAAAGAAAUGUUUCCAAAGCCAAUGGAGUCAAUGUUUGAAAAUCAAACAAAGGCAGAGGCUCUCAAGAAAAGAUUGGACAGACAUGGAAUGGUCAUCCUACAUGUCCCACCAACAACACCAGGUACUCAUUUCAUACAUUUCUUGGUAUGCCAUACCCUUACGCUUGCAAUGAGCCAAUAUAACCCUAUCGAUUGAUGCUGUACAAUGGUAGAGCAUUUCAUUCUGUCUAAUCCCAGAUGAUAAGUACAGUUACUCAUAAGUACAGUUACUCAUAAGUACAGUCAAUUUCACAAAACUUUGACCACAAGUUUGUUGCGAAGUUCAAAAGUUCAUAAUGUGAUUCACAAACCAGUUUGUAAACUAUGCAUUUCAUUGGCUUCUUUUAGGGACCAAAUCAGGGACUUUGUUUACAAAUUGGCUUGUCAAUUCCAAUAUGAACUUGCAAACCUCACAACGAAGUUCAGAACAUUUGUGGUCAAAGUUUUGUGUAAUCGACUGUAAUGAGCUUAUAAAGCAUUCACCUCAUAACAGUUUCUGAAACAGUCGCAAUUUUUUACAGUAUCACAAGUUCUUGCACAGGAGAAAGCAAAAAAGUAAAAUGAAAAGCAUAAAGAGAAGGCUGUUUCAUUAUGUAGAUUGUGCAAGAAUCCUAUGAAAGGACAUAAAUAUGUCAAAGACUGUCCCAAAAAUAAAUAGAGCACAGUAUUUGGGACAAAAGUGUAACAUAAAUUUUAAUCAAAUGUGUAGUUCCAGAAAAUAUCCAUACGUAAGGGACCGGAAAUUCCAGGAGAUAAGGGGGGGUCAUUUCUUCAAUAUUUCCAGUGGGGUGGGAAGGUACCAAAGCCUUGAUAUUUCCAGAGGGUCAUAAGAUAUUCAAACCAUAUUUAAUUAAAAUUUGGAGCGGUGCAAAUUUUACGAUGAAAACGUGCACAAUCUUGUUAACUUGGUUUAUUAUUUACAUAAACUAUACAAAUAUGUAAAUUGUCUGGAGUUUGUUUUACAGUCACCCUAUAUUUAGGUAUUUCAUUGACAUGUUUACACACAAGCGAAGCAUUUCUUACGGCCCAGGUUUUCCCCAAUUUUGAGUCUCAUUUUAUAUAAUUAUCUGUAGUUUGUUGUGAGUUUAUGCGGUAGCAUAGGACAGUAGCUAUUUGCCCAAAAUUAUGUACAAAAGCAUGGUUUUAUAGCUUUUCAUAGCUUAAACUUUUAGUUUAAUGGUAUAUUUUCCUUGAAAAUCAAUGCGAAAUUUACAAGAAUACAUACUUUAUUAUGGCCUACUACAAAAGCGGAAGUGUGUAGGUUUUUAGACUGUAUGACUUGACAGCCAAUCAACGUCGACCUAUUCUUGAUCAGUCAAAAAGCUUUAGUCCCUGAGCUGAUGGCGCGAAGCGCCAUGCAAGGGUACUAAUUUCCCCCGGCUAUUUACAACCAGGGAAACGAAAGCAUUAGCGAAGUCUAAAGUUCAUCAAAUAUCGCGGGCGUCAGUCACCAAUGAUGGUGAGUGGGUGGUCAUCCUCACUGAUGUCUAAAAUAUGGCUGAUUGCAUGUAGGAGUGGGAUGAGCAAGAUUUCAAUUUUAAAAGACAUAUAUUUGGUAAAUCGUUUCAUAUACAACAAGCUUAAUUGGAGCAAUUUUGUUUGAAGAGAUGAGAAGAAUAGAUUUACUAUGGGAAAUCGUGAAAUAUACUGCAAGUUUCCUUUGAAUAUUUAAUGUUUACGAAUUUUGUUUCUGUAAUUUUUUGCCUAAAAACAUGAACUGUUUUCCUUUUCAACGAAGCUCUAAGUUUCAUAAAUUACUGUUUAAUUUGAGGAAAAAUCUUAAAAUGUAAAGGAGAACAAAUUGAUUUGAAGACUGAACUGAAAUUACCUAACAAUUUGUUUUAUUUGUAACUUACUAUGUUUUAUAUUUAUUAGUUUAUCGGCAAAUGAACUAUAGUUGAAUGAAGAUUUCAAAACAUUUUACAAAGCAUUUCAAGUUAAAUUUUACAUUAAAUCAAAGCUUACAAAAUGCAAAAUAAUAUACCUACAGUAUAUAAUAUGGAAAUUUAUUGUUGUAUAGUUAAAAGUACGAAUCUUUGAACUAUUUUGCAGUUUUGUACAAAAAAUGGCAACACUUCAGCGCGAGCCUGCGUUCAGUGGGCCAUUUCUGAAAACUUCAUGUUAAUUUAAUGUUUGGAAAAUAUUGGCGAGGGGUUACUGCAUGCAUGUAUUUCUAGUUGAUAUAUUAAACAAGUGAGAUGGGAAUUCAGUUUCAAAUAAAAUACCGCUAUGACUGACCUUUUAGUUCAUGUGAACGGCAUUAUAUCUUGCUCAGUUGUUUUUGAAGACACGAAUGUCACGCUUGAAAAAUUCCGACACGAUGUUUUGACUGAACAAGUUGGUGACAUUCUUAAAUUCGACUAUAAAUUUACACGAUCAAUUCGCAAUCAAAAAGUGACAAUCGGAAAUAAACAAGAAGCUAUAAUCAAGCUGUCGCAGUGUUUAGACAGUGCAGACGAACCUGCCUUGUUCUUAGUUCUUGGAAAGAAAGACGACGUUGUUGAAGUGGCCAAUUCAAAUGUAGAAGUUUCAGAGCCGCCAGUUAAAGUUGCAAGAAUUUCGCGUCAAGCCUCAAUCAUGAGCCAUCGAAAACGCCGCGCCAGCCGUCAAAGCCUUACUCCGCCACAAGAAUCAAUGUACUUGCAUAAAUCUGCCAUGUAUAUUUAUAUAUUUGUACAAAAAAGUAAAUAA